CAUAUAAAAACCCAGUAUAUAACGUAGUUCAAGGGGCUCCUGUGUAUUGUUUUUUUCUGCCCUCGGAGCAAUGUAGAGAACUUCACAUGCUCGACAGGUGGCCUUAUGUAACUUAUGUGUAGCCAUGGCCAUAUCAAGACUGAAAAAAUCCCAGGAUCCUGCUUCUCAACCAUUUGGAUGUGAUCCUUCUGAAUCCAAGAACCCAAGUGGGGUCAAUGCUUUAUCAUCAGUUUCCCAAAUGUUCUUUUCAAAAUGGCACCUUUACAAGGUCCUCCCAUGUUAAGUCUCUUCCGUGGUCUAAAACUGCAUGUUGAGGCAGUCUUCCAGGAGAUUGCGGUGGUGUUUUCACCUCAGAACUAUUCCUCCACCCAAGAAGACUUGGACCUUCGUGCCAAACAGGUGGCUUGGCGUAUCAACAGCGGGUCACUUAAGUCCUUGUACCAGAAGAUUAGCGGCGAGGAGGAUUCCCCAAGGGAGAUCAUGGAAAUCAUAGAGGAAGAGACCUCACUGUCGAUCACAGACGAAAACGAGGACGGUAUCUUCAACGAAAAACUUCAGUCCGCAUACCUUUAACGUGCAACGCGGCUGUUCCAAUUGGAGCAGCCAAUGGAACAAGCCUAGGAGGUAGGUACGUGGCAAAGAUCCUUAAAGAGGAUUCAAUUCUUUGCCAUUUGGUCUAUUCUCAAUCCUUUAGGGAUAUUUAUUGCAGGAAGGUGGCUAUCAGUGUGAAACCACACCUUGAUUUCUUGGACCACCAGCACUUGGGUUCAGCAGUGCUGUGUCAACUUGACCCAUUUUGGAUGGACUCCUCAUUGGAAAUCACUCAAAUAUGCUCGAACCCAUAUUACUCUGCAAAAUUCUCUGAGAGAAUUUAUCUUCCAUUGAUUAUCCCAAAUAUUUUUUUAAAUUAAUUAUCGAUAGAUAAUAAAAAA